GUUGUUUUGACGUUUUCGAAUGUUGUUAAGAACUUGUUGGGAAAUUGUUGUUUAAAAGUAUAGAUCAAUUCAUGGUUAUUUCUACUGUGUACGUGAUAUUGCCUAUGGAGAAGCAGUGAGAUUGCCUAUCGGAUGAUGCAUUCUGACAGGAAAACAGGGUUAUUCGGAGCCACCCCUUCUGUCGCCCUGACACGUAAAAUGGAGUGUUCAGCAUCGUUGGAAGGAAAAUCGGUUUUUCAGGAAAACCGAUCCUCGUGAAAAGUGGACGAACUAGUUUCUUGAAUCCUUCUGCGAAGUAUUGCCCCCACCACAGACAUCAUUCGAUUCAUCAUAGUGGCCACCAGCGCCAGUUAAAAGUGAGUGAGUCCGAGCUUGUGAUGACAUUGCGGUGAUAGUAACGUAACGUAACGAAAGUUAUUUAUUUUCAACCCUCCCCUGUUUUCGUUUUUUACCCACCCAAAUAAUCGUGCGACCGCUGGAAAUUCGAACAACUGAACAAAAAUCCUUCGUGCUGGAGUGACCCGUGCCAGAAGUGGAUCCUACCGGAUCGACAGUUCUAUUGUGUGUGCGUUUUAUAUAUAUAUAUAAUUUUUUUUCUGGGCGAGGAUCGAAAAUGGAAAAUCCGUGGUUCAAGCUGCUGCUGUUCCUGACACUCUUCUCGCUCCAGUGUCUUCCGACUUUGGGUGCUAAGAGUAACGAGAGCACCAGCCGCAAGGAUCGCGUCGAAGAUGCCGGCCACUGCAUCUGGUACGGGCAAUGCCACGAGGACAAAGGGGGGAAGCAGCAGAAUUGCCUUUACAAUGGAACCGCUAAGAUCCUGGACAACGAUGGUCAGCAGAUCUUGGCCAAAUGGUGUCCCCAUCUCCUGGAGGACGACGGUACCGGGGUGAAGACGUGCUGCGACACGGCGCAGCUCCGCACGAUGGAUGCGAACAUCCCGUUGGCCGGGAACUUCCUGAAGAGAUGCCCUUCGUGCUUCAAGAACUUCGUGCGACACCUCUGCGCCUUGACCUGUGCAAAGAACCAGUCGCUCUUCUUGGAUCCCAUCGAGGUGAACCAAACCGACAAAAAUGUUACUUAUAUCACCGGAGUGGACUUUUACAUCCACAACGAUUACUUGCAAGGAACGUUCGAUUCCUGCAAGCAGGUCAGCGUUCCGAGCACCGGCCAACUGGCCUUGGAUCUGAUGUGCGGCGGCUGGGGUUCUGCCAAGUGCACGGCCACCAGGUGGUUCGAUUACCUGGGCGAAGCGGACGGCAAUCCAUUCGUUCCAUUCCAGAUCAACUACAAGAACACCUCUUCGCCGGUAGCAAUCUACGUUCCACUGAACCCUCUAAUCACCCCGUGCAGCAAAGGCGAAGGCAAAAAUCCAGCGUGCGCUUGCAUGGAUUGCGAGGAGAGUUGCCCCGUCCCGAAACCGCCGCCCCCAGCGGAAGGACCCUUCCUGAUCGGCGGCUACGACGGAUACGCCGUCGUCAUGACAAUCGUAUUCGUCGUCGGAUCCGUCCUCUUCAUCACGGCGAACGUCCUCAGCAACAACAGAUGUUCGAGUUCGAUUUUGGUACAAAAGAACGUGCAAGAAGUCGAACUGUUGGCUAUCUACAGACACAACCAAGUGGCUGGACUAAUCCGUGGGCGUGGUACUGACGAAGUUGGUAGGCGAUUGGCCGGUAUGGAUCGAUCCUCAUCACACACCGCCCUUGGCGACGGCGAGGACAGCCCCCUGCAGCAGUCCAAAAGAUCCAGCGUAACUUCCGAGACCGACCAUGAGCUGGACACGCACUCGAUCAACAAAAUGCCGGGAGAAUACGACGUCGUCUCGUCUUCUUUCCUCGAGAAGCUCGGAGCCAACACCGACACGUACCUGCAGCGCUUCUUCGAGAGAUGGGGCGUCUACUGCGCGUCCCGUCCCUGGUUCGUCCUCUUCCUCGGAGCAUGCCUCGUGAUUGCCCUGGGACACGGCAUCAAGUACCUGAAGGUGACCACGGAUCCGGUUGAGCUGUGGGCGUCGCCGUCGUCACGAUCGAGAGUCGAAAGGGAGAUCUUCGAUUCGCACUUUGAGCCUUUCUACAGGAACGAGCAGAUUAUCAUAAGGGCUGUAGGUCUGCAGCCUGUCGUACAUGAAACCUCAAUUGGUGAGCUGAAGUUCGGCCCAGUCUUCAACGAAACCUUUUUGAGAGCAGUUUUCGAUCUUCAAGAGAAAAUUAAACUAAUUGGAGCCAAUACUGGACAUAGUUUGGAUAAAAUUUGCUUCGCUCCGCUGCGCAACAAAGAUACGAAGGAUACGGAUGUCACGCAGUGCGCCAUCCAAAGCGUUUGGGGUUACUUCCAAGAUGAUGUGGAUACCUUCGAGGAAACGGAUGAGGACGAAAACGGAUUCGUCGUGAAUUACCUGGAUCGCUUCAUCACCUGCACUCAGAAUCCUUUCAAUCCGGACUGUCUGGGUCAGUACGGAGGACCUGUGGAUCCGGCCAUCGCCUUCGGAGGUUUCCUGAAGCCCGGAGAACAUCUGAGCAAGCAUUCGCAAUACAAAGAUUCAACGGCCAUUAUCCUCACGUUCUUGGUUAACAAUUAUCAUAACAAAACUAAACUGUCGCCAGCUAUGGAAUGGGAGUCGGAUUUCGUUAAAUUCAUGAAGAAUUAUACGGAGCACGGGAAGCCCGAAUUCAUGGAUAUCGCUUUCACCACGGAGAGAUCCAUCGAGGAUGAAUUAGAUCGCGAGAGCCAGUCUGAUGUGUUGACCAUACUUAUUUCAUACGUGAUCAUGUUCGCCUACAUCGCCGUUUCUCUUGGUCAACUGAACAAGUGCAAUCGCGUCUUGAUUGAUAGCAAAGUUACCUUGGGUUUAGGCGGUGUGGUCAUUGUCUUAGCCUCAGUGAUCUCAUCAGUCGGUAUUUUCGGGUUCUUUGGACUCCCGGCGACCCUGAUCAUCAUCGAAGUUAUACCGUUCUUAGUGCUGGCAGUCGGCGUGGAUAACAUCUUCAUAUUAGUGCAGACUCAUCAGAGGGAGCUGAGGAAACCGAACGAGACGCACGCGGAGCACAUCGGAAGAAUCCUAGGACAGGUCGGUCCUUCGAUGCUGUUAACCAGCGUCUCCGAAUGCUGCUGCUUCUUCCUGGGAAGCUUAUCCGACAUGCCCGCCGUUCGAGCGUUCGCCCUGUACGCAGGAAUGGCUCUGCUCUUCGAUUUCCUUCUGCAAAUCACCUGCUUCGUCGGUCUCCUAUCGCUGGACACGCAGAGACAAGUCAACAACAAAUUCGACAUCUGCUGUUGCAUACAAGGUAAAAAGAACUCGGACGAAGGGGCGCAAUCAGAAGGAUUGCUGUACAGCUUCUUCAAAGAGAUUUACGUUCCUUUCCUGAUGAACAAGUACGUCAGAACGGGCGUGAUGAUCAUCUUCUUCGGCUGGUUAUGUUCUUCGCUCGCUGUCGCUCCGCACAUAGAAAUCGGUUUGGAUCAGGAGCUUUCAAUGCCAGAGGAUAGUUUCGUGCUUAAGUACUUCAAGUUCCUGAAAGAUUACUUGAGUAUUGGGCCGCCAAUGUACUUCGUGGUGAGCGCAGGAUUGAACUACAGUCAGACGGAGCAGCAGAACAUGAUUUGUUCGGGGUUGUACUGCGAUCUGGACUCGCUGGUAACGCAGGUCUUCGUUGCAAGUAAAAUGCCCACAACCAGUUACAUCUCCAAACCUAGCAACAGUUGGAUCGAUGAUUACUUUGAUUGGUCGAGCAUACCGAGCUGCUGCAAAUACGAUACGUCGACGGGAGGCUUCUGCCCGCACGAAUCCACGUCAAAUAAAUGCGAUAGAUGCAUGAUAACCACGGAGAAGAACUCGAGACCGAAUGCCACCGGUUUCGAGAAGUACGUGUCCUUCUUCCUUCAAGAUAAUCCGGACGCGACGUGCGCCAAGGGUGGGCACGCUGCUUAUGGCCAGGGCGUGGAUUACGCGACCAACUCCACCACAGGAUUAUCCACGGUCGGCGCUUCGUACUUCAUGGCCUAUCACUCGAUACUGAAAACGUCCGAGGAUUAUUACGAGAGCAUGCGGGCUGCUCGCACCAUCAGCAAGAACAUCACGGACACGAUUAACGGGAAGCUGCAGAAGAUGGGCGUCAAGGAGAGCGUCGAGGUGUUCCCGUAUUCGGUGUUCUACGUGUUUUACGAGCAGUAUUUGACCAUGUGGCCGGACACGCUGCAGAGCAUGGGAAUAAGUCUGCUCGCCAUCUUCGUGUGCACUUUCCUGCUCAUGGGUCUGGACAUCUUCUCCUCCGUGGUGGUGGUCAUCACUAUUGCGAUGAUCGUCAUCAACUUGGGCGGCGUCAUGUACUGGUGGCACAUCACCCUCAACGCUGUAUCCCUGGUGAAUCUCGUGAUGGCCGUCGGUAUCUCCGUCGAGUUCUGCUCGCAUCUGGUGCACAGCUUCUCCGUGUCCGUCGCGGCCACGCGGAAGCAGCGCGCCGCCGAUUGCCUCACUAGAAUGGGUAGCUCAGUCUUCUCCGGGAUCACGCUCACCAAAUUCGGAGGCAUCGUCGUCCUGGCCUUCGCGAAGAGCCAGAUCUUCCAAGUCUUUUACUUCAGAAUGUACUUAGGUAUCGUGGUACUUGGAGCCGCCCACGGAUUGAUCUUCCUGCCGGUCCUCCUCAGUUAUAUAGGCGUGAUGACACGAAACCGACGAAGACAUCUAGUGACCAGGACAUCGGCGCCCGAUGACGAACCGACGCCGACGUCGCCGCUCCUGCAGCCGUCGACGUCGGCCGCGUUUCCGACGCCCAAUUACGACAGUAUAGUGUCAAUUCCGUCGUAGGACAAAAAAAAAACCAA